UAGGAAAACACGUAAUAAAAACAGGACAUUCAAUCGAUUUCAAGAAUAUUUCGAUUGUAGAACGAGACAAUAAUCGUUAUCGGUUGUUAGUUAAAGAAUCUCUUGCUAUCAGAUCAAAAGGUCCUAUUUUUAAUGGUACUGAUAGAUCAGUUCCACUUUACGUCUUUCCAGAAGGUCAUUUCAGUACAAAUGUGAAGAAAAGGAAAAAGAAAAAGAAAAAACAGUAACGUUCACGAACAGUUUUCUUAUUUUUCUUUCUGUUUUUUCAGAGACUAUAGAUAUAUAUAUCUAAGUGUGUUAGACAGUUCAGUCUAUAGGUACAUUUUAUAACUUGUUGUAUUUUCUGAUGAUGAAUAAAGUUUAUUCGAAAGCUUAAUAAGUUUAUAAAUAUGAAUAGUUCAGCUGCAAUCAUACAUGAUUCAUUUUCAUAUCUUGUUAUUUUGCAGGUGCCUAUUUACCAGCUCAUUUGGUUGAUCGUAUUGAUAAGUCAAUUGUUAUUUUGAAUGAUGAAACAACAAUAUCUUACAUGUACACGUUAAGUGCUGUGCUAGCAGAAAAUGUUUAUUUAAGGAGCCCCCCUCAGAAAUUAUCUCCGACACCGGAGGCUACCGCCACGAGGCACGGGCCGGACGGGGUAGCACAAAAAAAAUCACGGACGGGGCGGGGCUGCUUAAAAAAACUAGUUCACGGGGACGGGCGAGGCGAGGAAGCGGAAGUCACGGGACGGGGCCCGCAGGGACCACAAACACGAAUGAACUAUAUUGGAAUUUGA